GUAAGAUGUACAGUCUGUUUUAGAUCAUCGUUCAACGUAAAAUUAAAAAUCCGUUGUAGUAUGAAAACUGUCAAUCGUAUCGUAUUGCAAUUAUCAAUACUAGUUUUGACACUUCAUUCGUGCUUGGCAGUUGACAAAACACCGCUUCGUUACCGACCGUAUCGUUGCCGAAAUGGUUGGACUGUAUCACAAACUGUCCGUUGCGAUGGGUUUCUUAAUUGCGUGGAUGGGUCCGACGAGGAAGGCUGCAUAUCUCCGAAGUGGAUUCAGUUACCUGCUUCAAACAUUUCGAUAGCUUUAGGUGCAUUUAUGAACUUAACCUGCAUAUCCGGAGGUACUCCUGCGCCCAAUAUCGAAUGGAGAUUGAACGGGAAGCAACCAGGAGCGAACUGUGACUGGAUAACCAAGGAAGGCGUUGGAUUGCUCAGUUGUCGAAUGCGAUUGAUCGAUAGUGGAAACUAUAGCUGCGUUGCCAAACAACCAAAGGCAGCUCUGGAAUCGGAAUUAACUCGAGUGAUGGUGACUGGUAACACUUGCAAAGACGGGUUUUUCGAUGAGGCUGGUAAGAGAAAGGCAUGUAUAAAGUGUUUCUGUUCUGGAGUUUCUAGUUUAUGUCAUGCUGCUGAGUUGUAUCGUUGGAACUACACAAUGGCGAUGGAUGAUUAUAAAAUGAAAUACGCGACACUUCAAAACUCAUGGAAAGACAAUCAAGCACAUAUAGCCAACGUCUAUGACAAGCUAAAGGAUGUUCCGGAAAAUGUCACUCCUUACUAUAGACUUCCUUUCAAAUUUAUUGAAUAUCAAGUUGGUUCUUACGGCGGAAUCCUUCGAUAUGAAGUUCAUGUUGACAACGUAUCGUAUUCACGCGACUAUCCGGACAUCAUUUUAAAGGGUUACAACACCACUUUGUUGUUUACAUACAAGCCACAGCUGUUGAUUGGACAGCCAAAUAAGAUAUCUGUGUUACUUCACGAAGCAAACUUUCUCCGUUUAGAUGGGAAGAAGGCAAGUCGAGACGAUCUGAUGACUGUUCUAGCAUACAUAGAAACGUUUCUGAUCAAGAUGUACCCCCUGCGUGGCGCAUAUAAUCCCCGUGGAGUGCUUGUCAUGGAUGCCUCUACCAACCUUGGCUAUCACGGAUUAGGAAAAAUGAAUCGCGUAGAAGAAUGUCGCUGUCCACACGGAUACAGGGGUACGUCCUGUGAACGGUGCGAUUUUGGGUAUAACCGGGCCGCCCGGUACCUGCAAACCGGAAUAUGUAUGCCAUGGGAAUGGCACAGGGAAGAAUACAAAAAGGUAUCAACUUCUACAACGAUGAGAAAUUACCACUAUGUUUAGCAAGUUGCAUUCACGCAUAACCGAAAACUUAUCACUUACUGACAUUGAAUAAGUAUAAUGUUGAAACUUAUCGUGCAAUCGUGCAAAAUGAUUUCAUUUCUUUCUCACACUACCUAUCGCAGUUUCUACCGCAGUUUUGUGUGUACAUAUUUCUACCGAAAGGUGUCUUCUGACACCUUCGCAUUUGAAUGUGAACAAUUGUUAAAACAGAUAAGAUUUCAAAUUAUCAGUUAAAUAAAAAUACUUUGAGCAGUAUAACGAGA